AUGGCAACCAACCCAGAGUUUUCAAACCCUCUCCGCAAGUUCAAGCUUGUCUUCCUUGGCGAGCAGAGUGUCGGCAAGACUUCGCUUAUCACCCGCUUCAUGUAUGACACCUUCGACAACACCUACCAGGCCACCAUUGGUAUCGAUUUUUUGUCAAAGACGAUGUACCUCGAGGAUAGAACUGUUCGUCUGCAGCUCUGGGACACCGCUGGACAGGAGCGUUUCCGUAGUUUGAUUCCCAGUUACAUUCGUGAUUCGUCCGUGGCAGUCGUUGUCUAUGAUAUUACCAACCGAAACUCGUUCAUGAACACGGCCAAGUGGAUUGACGAUGUUAGGGCAGAGCGUGGCACAGAUGUGAUUAUUGUUCUGGUCGGCAACAAGACUGAUUUGAACGAGAAGCGACAGGUCACUGCCGAGGAGGGCGAGAAGAAGGCCAAGGAGUUCAACAUUAUGUUUAUCGAAACCAGCGCCAAGGCCGGACACAACGUCAAGACUCUCUUCCGUAAGAUUGCUCAGGCACUUCCCGGCAUGGAGAACACAAUCACGGACGCCAACCAGAGCCAGCUCAUUGACGUCAAGAUCCAAGACAACCCCAAUAACGCCGAGGGGGCCAAUGGAUGCGCCUGCUAA